UCUCAAGUGGUCAGAGUCAACGUACAGUCAGACAAAAUAAAAAAUAAAUAAAUAACUAAAUAAAUAGAAAGCUUUUAUUUUUAAUAUGUCGAGUUUGUCGUCAGGUGGAUUGCCAACAUUGGCUGGACAAAUAACAAGCACAUUAUUACCAAAUGUUAAAAUUGAAACAGAAGAUAGUAGUACAAUAUCAAUCAUUGUUGCUAUUUCAAUUGUGUUUAUUUUAGCACCAGUUACAAUAAGUAGUAAUACACUUAUACUUGCUGCAUUUUAUCGAUAUAAAAGACUAAGAACAGCAUCAAAUUGUUUACUUGCUUCACUUGCUGUUAGUGAUUUUGGGGUUGGUGUAUUUAUGCCUUUCGGUGUUCACCUGGAGUUAUCAGGUAGACCAGAAACUGGAAUCACAAAUAUAUGCAUACUACCAUACUGCAUAAUAAUAACACUUUGUAGUGUGAGUGUACUUGUCACUGUUGCAAUUGCUGUUGAUAGAUUAACAUCACUUGCUCAACCAUUGAGAUAUAAAAAUAUUAUAACUCACAGUAGUGUUGAAAAAUACAUCGCUGUAUUUUGGAUAUAUGCAAUUGCCGUCGGAUCAACACCUCUUAUUUAUGCCCAGGCAAUGGGAAUUAUUCAAUCACACAGUGGUAGCUGUCGUUUUGGUGCUGCUGUACAACCACCAGUACGUGUUUUUUUGGUUGUUGCUGUAUGGGCACCAAGUGCAUUGAUACUACUUGGUUGUUAUAUAUAUGUUUAUCUUGUUGCACGUGCACAUGCACGUGCAAUAUACACUGUUGAAUUAUCAUUUCGUCAUGAAACUCAAACACUAACAUUGCCAAGAUACGGACAAACAUUGGCUGUUACUGUUGGUGCAUUUUUUGUUCUUUGGCUACCUUUUCAGACUUGCAUGCUUCUUGAUAUUUUUUGUGGAACAAAAAUAUUAACAGACUGGUCUGUAUUCUGGCUGAGCUUACCAAUCCUAGCUCACAGUGGUUUAAAUCCUUGGAUCUAUGCAUUUCAUCAUGGUGAAAUGCGUAUAGCAGCUGGUAAAAUUGCUGAAAAUUUAUUAAUUCUAUUUGGUAUACAUCCAAGUCGUUAUGGCUGUUCACCAAUGCGUCGUUCAAUAAAUUUUCAACUUUCCGAUAUAAAUAAAAAUAACGAUGAUGAACAACGUCCACCAGUUGAAGAUUGUUUCGCUGCUAAAUCAUCAAAUAAUUCAAAUUACUACACAGUACAAAAAAAACAAUUAAACAUAGAAGUUGAUAUAUCACCCGAAGAUAAUGAAAAAAAAAAUUCAAAAAAUUUUUCAAGUGUAUCAGCAAUUAUUGAAGAAGACGUUAAUGAUUUAGCUAAAAUGCUUGAUAAAGAUUAUGUCAAUAAUCGUAAUCGUAUUAUUGAUAAAAAUUAUAACAUUGAAAAAUUUAAAAAUUUAAAAUAUCUUCUAGAUCCAACGUUUAAUAAAAUACGUCAUUUACGUUAUUUAAAUAGUAGCAACAACAUCAACAACAUCAACAAUAAUACUUGUUGUAAAAAUCAUCGACGUAUUGAUGAAACAAAAUUUAAAUCUUAUCAAAAUUUAAAAACAGAGCUUGUUAAUAAUAAAAAAAAAAUAAAUGCAAUAUCAGAGCCAAUGUUGAAUAACACAGAAAUUCAAUAUGAUGAUGAUGACGAUGAUGACGAUGAUGAUGAUGAUGAUGAUGUAUCAAUAAAUGAAAUAUUAAACGACAGAAUAAUGAGAUUAAAACAACGUCGUGAUUCAGGUCUAUCAUCAUUAUCAGAUCCAAAUAUAAAAUCAAUAAAUAAUACAAUAAUAAAAUUAAAAUACGAUCAUACAUCUAAUUAUCAUGGUCAUUCAAUUCAAAAUUUAGAUAAAAAUAUAAUCCAUAAUUGUCAAUUAAAAAAUAAAAAUGAUAUUAUAUUUAAAUGUCGUAAAGCAUCAAGAAAAUUAACAAUAACAGCAAAUAAAUUAACAAAUUUAUUUAAUAAUGAACGUCAAAAUUAUCAUGGUAUUAAUACAAAAAAUAUUGAAACAAUUGUUGGAAUUGAUAAAUUAACAUAUAUAUCAAAAAAAAAAAAUUAUAUUGAGUCAAAUAAAAAAUAUAAUUUAUUAACAUUACCAAGAAUACGUUCAGAGCCACCAACUCCAGUUGAUCCAUUACCACUUGAUUGUCUAGAAGAGGAAUCUUCAGCUGAUGAAGAUGACGAAGACAAUGAUAAUACUCUUAAUAAAAUUGAUAUUAAUUGUAGAAAUAAUGCAUCAACAAGUAGAAGAAAUAGUUCAAAAUGUUCAGUGAGAUAUUCUGAUCCAAUUGUACCAUAUGUAUUAUUAAAUAUCGAAAACUUUGAUGAUGAAGAUGAUGAUGACAGUGAUAACAAUGUUAAAAGCACAGUAAAUCCAAUUGAAUUAUCAAAUGCAUUAUUAAAAUCAUCAGAUGCUGAUAGAAAUUUAAAUGGUAAUUUAUUUAAUGAACAUGAUUUAUCAGCAACAACAAGAUUUAGUUCAAGACGUCCAUCUGAUUUACGAUGGUUUGAAUCAUCAAGAAGCCAAGAGGCAUUAUCAAAUAUUGAUAGUCAUAAAUUAUCACCAUCAUCAUAUUCAGUUAAUAAUUAUACAUGUACAAGUGGUAGUGAUUUAAAUGACACAACAUUUACUGAUUCAUUUAUUUGUCCUGAUCCAUUAACAUCAUCAUUACGUGAAUCAUUUUUCGAUGGACAAACUGAUAAUUUUACAUCGUUUGAUGAUACUGAUACUAAUGAUGAUGAUGAUAAUAAUAAUUUAGAUAAAUCAAAAAUUCAAUCAUCAGUGUCGUCUGUUAGUUUUAAUGAUCUUAAAUAUAAUAGUCAUAGUAAAUCAACUGGAUCUGUGAUUUUUGGAUGUAGAAAUGCUAUUUUAAAAAUUAAUGAAAAUCAUAGAGAUUGUGUUAAUAUUAGAAUUAGUGAUAGUUAUUGUAAUAAAUAUAAAAAUAAUAUAUUAUCACCGGUUAAUAAUGAAAUAUUUGAUGGUACUGGUGGUCCCAGUGGUGUUCGUGUUUGAAAAUUUAUUUAAAAAACGACAAGAAAAUUAUGAUAU